UCCAGAACACAGCACACGUGGGGAUUAUCUUCAAACAGGUCUUCAAAACCUAGGCUUCAUGUCAGGACCACACCAGCCUUUGGUCAUUUUCUGUCUUGGUGUCUUUUCUGGAUGGUGAAUGAGACCUUUGUCGCCACUCUGUUCCUUUGCCUUUUCCCUCCAGAAACAGUGGUGGAGGGGGAGGUGAGGGCCGCACUCCAGAGAGGAGUAGGGAAGGGGAGGUGGCCUGUCCAUUUAUAGUCCUGCUCUUAGGGACGGUGAAGGUGCUAAAUAGCAGCAAGGACAAGAGGCUUGGCUCAGUGUGAGCUACCCACCCCGCGGGCCUGACAGACUCUGAAAUGACAAUAGGCAGCAUGGAGAAUGUGGAGAUCUUCACUUCAGAGGGCAAAGGCAGAGGUCUGAAGGCCACGAAGGAGUUCUGGGCUGCGGAUGUCGUCUUUGCCGAGCGUGCUUAUUCUGCAGUGGUUUUUGACAGCCUCAUUAACGUCGUGUGCCACACCUGCUUCAAGAGGCAGGAGAAGCUCCACCGCUGCGGGCAGUGCAAGUUUGCCCAUUACUGCGACCGCACGUGCCAGAAGGACGCUUGGCUGAACCACAAGAACGAGUGCUCCGCCAUCAAGAGAUAUGGGAAGGUGCCCAAUGAGAACAUCAGGCUGGCAGCUCGUAUCAUGUGGCGGGUGGAGAGAGAGGGCACUGGGCUCACAGAGGGCUGCCUGGUGUCAGUGGAUGACUUACAGAACCACGUGGAGCACUUUGGGGAAGAGGAGCAGAAGGAGCUUCGGAUUGACGUGGACACGUUCUUGCAGUACUGGCCCCCGCAGAGCCAGCAGUUCAGCAUGCAGUAUAUCUCACACAUCUUUGGCGUGAUCAACUGCAAUGGUUUCACUCUCAGCGACCAGAGAGGUCUUCAGGCAGUGGGCGUGGGCAUCUUCCCCAACCUGGGCCUGGUGAACCAUGACUGCUGGCCCAACUGUACUGUCAUAUUCAACAAUGGCAAAAUUGAGCUCCGGGCUCUGGGCAAGAUCUCCGAAGGUGAGGAGCUCACCGUGUCCUACAUCGACUUCCUCCACCUCAGCGAGGAGCGCAGGCAGCAGCUGAGGAAGCAGUACUACUUUGACUGCUCCUGUGAGCACUGCCAGAAAGGGCUGAAGGACGACCUCUUCCAGGCAGUGAAGGAAGACCCCAAGCCCUCCCCAGAAGUGGUGAAGGAGAUGGUACAGUUCUCAAAGGAUACUCUGGAAAAAAUAGACAAGGCUCGCUCUGAGGGUUUGUAUCAUGAGGUUGUCAAGCUGUGCCGGGAGUGUCUGGAGAAGCAGGAACCAGUGUUUGCCGACACCAACCUCUACGUGCUUCGUCUGCUAAGCAUUGUGUCAGAGGUCCUCUCCUAUCUCCAGGCCUUUGAGGAGGCCUCACACUACGCCAGGAGGAUGGUGGAUGGCUACACGAAGCUCUACCACCAUAACAAUGCCCAACUGGGCAUGGCUGUGAUGCGGGCAGGGCUGACCAACUGGCAUGCUGGCAACAUUGAAGUGGGGCACGGGAUGAUCUGCAAAGCCUAUGCAAUUCUCCUGGUGACACACGGACCCUCCCACCCAAUUACCAAGGACUUGGAGGCCAUGAGGGUACAGACAGAGAUGGAGCUUCGUAUGUUCCGCCAGAAUGAGUUCAUGUACCACAAGAUGCGAGAGGCUGCCCUGAACAACCAGCCCAUGCAGGUCAUGGCUGAGCCCAGCAAUGAACCAGCCCCGGCUCUGUUCCAUAAGAAGCAAUGAAGACUUUGUUGGAGAGUGGGGGCAAUGUGACUGGGAGCUGGGGAAAUUACUACUCUGUGUCCUCCACUGCCGUUUUGGUUCAGUUCAACUCAGCUUAGCUCUAUCUCAUCCCAGACCAACUCUUUCUAUAUGUGUCGGGUGCUAGAUUUCAUCAUCUAGUCAAUAAAGAAGUCCCAAAUAUAAUGGGGCCAGAAGAAAAAUUACAAACAAAAAAGGCAUGUUAUAAUAGUAAAUGCAAUGGCAGACUCUAUGGAGAGGGGUCCAGAGGAGGUGAGUGUGUGUGUGUGUUUGUGUGUGUGUGUGCCUGUAUGUGUUUGCGUGUGUGUGGUGACAUCUGAGUUAACAGUGGUAGGGACCUAGGAUCUCAGAUGGCUGCUUGUCUGUCUGAGCAGGUGUCUCUGGGGCUGCUGGUCUCAUCGAUGGCUGGGAAUAUUUAGGGUUUGGCAGACUGGGGUGGCUGACGUCCUAUGUCCUCAGGCGGCGGUGGAGUUAUUAACAAAGGGCUGGGCUGUGUUUGAUCCUUUGAGAUUCAUUCUGAGACCUGAACCCCAUUUGGAAUGGUGGCUGGAAAGAGGUAGGGGCCUUGAUCAGACCAUUUGUGGUCUCAAUUCCUAGUCUAAACUUGAAAUAACUCUAGGACACACAAAAGGAAUUUGUCCCUCCUUGGUCCCAUGCACCAAGCCUGUAGCUCCUUGUGAUGUGAGGACUACUUUAAGAGAAGCUGAGGUUUUCCUUGCCUUUGCCAGAAGGAGUGAGAAGGCUUCUCAGUGUGAGGCCGAGAGUGUGCAUGCCUGGCAGCAGUGGACCCAGCAGAGGAGGCUGCAGGGUUUUCAAGCCAGGCUGGUGUGUAGCAGCUUAGGCUUGGUCACUGGCCCCAGUGGGGCCCUGCUCCUUGUAGUGAAUGCUACUUCCUGGGCUGACUUUCUUUCUCCUGUCCAUGCUCUGGGGGCUUCUGCCCUUCUUAACAGAAGGCAGUUCCCCUGGGCCCAGCUCUCUUCAGAAGUGUCCCCAGCUUGUUCUUAUUUGCUGAGAGGCCCAUUUUUAUCUGAGAAAUGAAGGCCUAAGGAUGACCUUUGAGUUUCUGGGACCCCAACUUUCUCCCCGACAUGGUGGGGGAUCAUGAAGUAAAUUCCUUUAGCUGAGGGUGUCACCAAAACUUCUACACAAUCUUGGGCAACCAUUUGACCCCAGAACUCCAGUAUCUUGAAGUCACACGAUUCCCACUAAAACACAAAUUUAUUUGUCUAAAAUGUUCCUCCAUCUCCACCCUUUCAUCCGCGAAUGAUCCUGCGUCCCCUUGAGCCCUGCCUGGCAGCUGAGGUCGCUAAAAUGGCAUCUCCUUGCAGAAUAUUAGUAUCCUUGGUUCUUCUUCAAGGAUUUAUUCUUCUCUAGAAGCUUCUAUAAAAGACUGACAGUUAUUUCGAUCUCUGCGGCUUAGGCUUAGGGACAGCACCAGCUUUCUCCUUGGGAACCCACAGAUGCAGUCGGUCGAAUCAUCACUCUUUCCCCAGUGUGGACCCCCAAAUCCUCUUCCUUCCUUUGCUGUCGUCGGGCACCCACCCACUUUCAUGGCUGCUGCUUCUCAUCGUCCUCACAUCUGCUCUCUUCAGCAUUAGUCUCUGUGUGCACCUCCGUCUCCCCGAACCGGAGCACUAGUCUCCGUGUGCACCUCCGUCUCUCCAAACCGCAGACCGCGGUUCCCCUUCUCUCACUAGCUGGAUGCCCCUGCUCUGGACUCUUUGCCUUCCUGUGCUCUCCAGAACUUUCUCCAGUAUCACUCUUCUCCAUCCUGAGGCCUUGCCAUUCUUCUACCAUGGGAUUUCUUUUCUUUUUCUUUUUUCCCUCCUCUUAUUUUUUUGAGACAGGGUCUCUCUGCUUAGCCCUGGCUGUCCUGGAGUUUAUUAUGUAGACCAGGCUGUCCCCAAACUCACAGAGAUGUGCCUGCCUCUGCCUCCUGAGUGCUGGGAUGCACUGCUGGGCAUCUUUAAUGAAGUCACUAAACAUGCUGAGGACCCUUGGAUCACCAUCUUCACAGCUGCGAGUUCUCUCCAGUUGCAGGUUUUUUUUCUUCUGUUUCUCUUCUCUUUCCAUUUUUUUUCUGAAACCCAUUACAUACUGGUUUUUACCUUUGCCCCCCCCAUUAAAAUGUCUCUCUUCUAGUUCCUUACAUUAUCUAGCCCUUCUGUUAGCAACACACCCCAAACUUGGUUUCUGUGGCUCCAUCCCUUUGCAAUCAGCUUCUGAUGUGGUUUCUCUGGCUUUCCCUGGUCUUGUUUCUCACCUGCCCCUGAUAAGCCCCUGAGCUGAUCUUGUCCUUGGUUGACUCUGUUCUUGCUCUGCACACCCCUCGCACGAAUAUACCUGACAAUUUCUGUGAUGACUGCAUUGAGGUUUCUGGUUCUCAGGUCUGUUAUCUGAUCUUACAGCUCAGACUCCAGCCCCUCACAUCCUCUUGGGUGCUUGCUCUGCAGGAUGAGACUUCCCUAACACCUCUCCUAACACCUGGUUAUUCUCAGAACACCACCCAAGAAUACCGUGUCCUCCAUCAUGUUGUGGGUUCUGGAGGGCAAGGUCACAUCCCUUUGUUCAUCUUCCUGUCCCUAGCACAGGUCCUGGAACAUGAUAGGGUUCAUCAAGUGCAUAUUGAGUAAAUAAGUGAAUGAAAUUCUUAUCUCAGAGUUAAAGAGUUGCACAGCCGUGUAUUUUGAGUAUUUUUGUU